AAAAACCAUAAUUUCUUUUCUUUCUUUUCUGCACUCAUUUCUUCUGACAAAUAUAUCUUCCAUAUAUUGUCAGUUUAUCACACCUUAUAAGUAGCUUCACACUCAUUGUAAUUUAGGUAUUCUAUAUUGCAUAAAUGGCAUCAAACUCUCUCACCUCUUCACGUGGCUCUAGCUCAUGGACUCCUACGCAAAACAAGCAAUUCGAAAGGGCGCUGGCCUUGUACGACAAGGAUACGCCGGACCGGUGGCAGAAAGUUGCGAGAGCCGUGGGCGGAAAAUCGGCGGAAGAAGUUAAGAGGCACUAUGAGAUCCUUGAGGAGGAUAUCAGGCACAUUGAAUCCGGCAAAGUCCCAUUUCCCAUCUACAGGUCAGCUGGGAAAAGCAGCUAAUUAAAGUAAGCACAUGUUAGUUCCUGAGGUUCUUGAACUAAUAUAUGCAUGGUUUCAUGGCAAUGAAGUUGAAGCUGUAAAAAAAAAAAAAAAGUACGUGUAGAGAAGUGUGUGAAGAAAUUAGUUGCUCAUGACUCUACUGUGAUUCUCAUGCUACUAUGUAUUCUCUCUCUUUUAUUCUCCCUACAUCCGUACGUACGUAUCUUGAUGUUGUUGUCUGGUUCUUCUGUGUAACAAAAUCAAUGU